GCUGGAAAUGUGCAAAUGUCUGAGCGAGGAGCUGCCGGCAGUUUCUUCCUGAUGUAAACAGAACAUUUUCUCCUUUGACAAUGUUGGCUGAUUACGAAGAUAUCGAGGCAUAUGAAGAUGAACUGUAUCGUGAGGAGUCUUCCAGUGAUGCUGGGAUAGAUAGUGAUUUGGAGUUCCAGCUGUACAGUCAAGUGCACUAUGCAAACAACCUCAGUGGACUAAUGAUGGACAGAAAGAUGGGCUCAGCCCAUCUUAAAUCUGCUUCAGUUGGAGACAAUGGAAAAUUGACACGAAAAACAAAAAGUGCAGUAGUUACUUCCGAUAAUGAUGUCAUAGUAAUUUCAGAUGAUCCAGAUGUCAUUAUUUUGUCAGAUACUGAAGGUGAUGAUAGUAUAUAUGCCUGCAAAGGUGGUAAACCCUCAGAUUGUGAAGUCUUUGGAGGAAAAGAUCAAUCCAUUCGGCAGCCUGAAGAAGGAACAGCUGAAUACCUGAAGCCAAGUAUGGGUAGACUGACUGAAGUGCAGAAAUUGUCUCAGAGCAGGAAUAGUCAGAGCAGAAAGUUGUCACAGAUCCAAGACACUGUGAUUAGUGGGAGUGAAAAUUCAGAAACGGAGGAGGAUGAAAAUAUCGAGAGUUGGAUGGUGCUGGGUCAUGAUCAGGAUGGUGAUGAUGAUGAGAUCCAAAUCAACAUUGUACCUUAUGGAACGCUGACAAACAAAGAAGGUGAUCUUCAUGAACAGUGGUUCAUCAGUGAAAAAGACCUAAAGCCAUUAUUUGGGAAACAUCACAAUCGUUACUAUACAUCAAAUAAAACCUUGGACUGCCGGAACUGUGGUAAACUGGGGCACAUAUCCAAAAACUGCCCGUCUGAAAAGAAAUUGCCAGUUUGUUGUUUGUGUGCGGUUAGAGGUCAUCAUCAGAGAGAAUGUUUGGAGAAAUAUUGUACAAACUGCAACAUGCCUGGGCACAGGUUUCGGAACUGUAUUGAAAAGGCACAUUGGAAAAAACAUUGUCGUCGCUGUCAGAUGACUGGGCACAAUGCUGAUGCUUGUCCUGAAAUAUGGAGACAGUAUCAUUUAACGAUCAACCAAGGACCAAUCGUGAAUGGAUUUUCUCAGCCAAUCGCAAAAAAAUCCAUAUAUUGCUAUAAUUGUGCAAAAAGAGGACAUUAUGGCCAUGAAUGUUCAAACGAAUUGAUGCAGAGGCAUAUCUUUCCUACAUCACCAUUUGUGUCUUACUAUGAUACAAAGCAUGACAUAAAGCUGAGAGAGCAGAGGAUAAAGAAGAGAGUUAAAGAACUGAAAGAUGCUGGGUUCAUUGAAUCCAGUUUUCCAAACAAGAGAUUGUGCAAAGAUACUGCAAGCAGAUAUUCAUGCUUCAAGAGAAAGGGGAGAAACGCGAAGAAAGAAAGAGUCAAGGAGGAGGAAAGAGAGUUCAUGCAAAAUAGCAGGACAGCCAAUUACAAAGCAAAGCAUCGCUAUCGGACUGCCCUCUGUCCCAAAACCUUUAGUCAAGGUCCUGAAAAGGACUUUCCAAGAGAAGUUGCAGCCAAGUCAGCAGAAACUAAUGCCUCGCACUAUAAAACCCAGCAGAGCCCUCUGUUGUUUAUGCGUAGUAAUAUCACACAAAAUGAUAGCCAUUUAGAUACAACAAAGAAAAAGUGGAAGAACAGAAGGAAAAAGCACAGAGAAGAGACUAUCGAGCCGUUGAGCAAAAAGAGCAAAAGGGCUAAGAAAGGAAAAGUACACGUCAGAGACAGAAUGCUGACAGUCCCGGAGAAUACUUUAGUAGAGAAAAAGAAAAAAAAGUGCCAGAAACAUUCUAAAAUUAAAUCUCAGGAAUCUGCAAUCCAGUAGGAAUACUGAAUAGUUACUUUUGUUUCCAGGGACAGGACAGCUAUGCAGCAGUUCAACACUUAAUAUUUUUAAUGUAAAAAUCAUUGUAGUAAUUCACGAUGAUAUGGAGUUCAUGAAUUUUCACCAAUAUAAAGAGCUCUAGAUGUCAGCAAUCCAUUAGGUAGUGCUAAUGGUAGUGCUAGGUUUUAUCCAAAGGGA